AUGGCCUCGAACGAGUACUAUGGCGGCGGCGGCGGAGGAGGGGGAGGAGGCUAUGAAGGGGGCUACGACUCCCGUCCACCACCACCUCGAGACCUCCCCUACCCAUGGCGAGCCGAAUGGGAGCCUCAACAAAACCGCUAUAUUUUCGUCAACCCCCAGAACGGGGAGCGAACUUUCGAAUAUCCCCGUAUUGGCGGCCAAGGGCAAGCACAUGGAGCAUCCUAUGAUGGCGGCUAUGGAGGAAGCUCUUCCACCCAGGAACAGGUUCAUGAAGAGAAGAAGAAGUCUGGCGGCCAUGGAUGGAUGGGCGCUGCCUUGGGUGCAGCAGCCGGCUUAGCUGGUGGAGCUUUCUUGAUGCAUGAAGGCCACGAAAUGAAAGAGAAAAUCGAAGGAACUGAGGAGAGAUUUGAAGAAGACAAAUACCGCGCUGAGGACAGAGAUGUCGAGGAUGCACCAGAGGAUGUUGCCAGAUGGGCAGGCCGCAAGGUCCAAGAUGUUGAGGAUAUUCCUCAAGAUAUUGAAGGAGGAUUCGAUAGAUUUGGAGAGAGGGUGGAGAAUCGUUGGGAUAAUGCUGUCGACGCGGUAGAAGAUGCACCUGAAGAUGCCGCGCGAUGGGCCGGAGACAAGGUCGGCGAAGUGGAAGAGUUUGGGGACAGGAUGGAUAAUGCUUACGAUCAAGGACAAGAUGAAAGUAGGAAUGACGAUUGGUAG